ACAACUGCUGAACCAACUACAACUACUGCACCAACUACAACAGCUUCACCAACUACAACAACUGCUGUAACAACUACAUCAACUGCUGCACCAACUACAACCACAAAUGCUGCACCAACUACAACAACUGCUGCAGCAACUACAACUGUGAUUGCUGAAACAAGUACAACAACGGCUGCACCAACGACAACAACUGCUGCACCAACUACAACGACAAUUGCUGUACCAACAACCACAACUGCUGAAACAACUACAACCGCAACUGCUCCACCAACCACAACAACUACAGCUGCACCAACCACAACCACAACUGCUGCACCAACUACAACCACAACUGCUCCACCAACCGCAACAACUACAGCCGCACCAACCACAACCACAACUGCUUCACCAACUACAACAACAACUGCUGAAGCAACUACAACUACUGCAGCCACUACAACAAGAACUGCUGCACCAACUACAACAGCUUCACCAUCAACAACAACUGCUGCGCCAACUACAGCCGCGAUUGCUGAACCAAGUACAACAACAACUGCUCCACCAACCACAACUGCUUCACCAACAACAACUGCUGAACCAACCACAACUACAACAACAACUGCUGCACCAACUACAACAACUGCUGCAUCAACUACAACAACUGCUCCACCAACCACAAUAACUACAGCUGCUCCAACCACAACCACAAUUGCUGCCCCAACUACCACAACAACUGCUGCGCCAACUACAACAACUGCUGCACCAACUACAACUGCUGCACCAACGACAACAACUGCUGCACCAACUACAACCACAACUACUGUACCAACAACAACAACUGCUGAAGCAACUACAACUGCUGCAACAACCACAACAACUGCUGCACCAACCACAACCACAACUGCUGCAUCAACCACAACCACAACUACUGCACCAACUACAACAACAACUGCUGCAAUAUCCACAACAACAACUGCUGCACCAACUACAACUACAACAACAACUGCUGCACCAACCACAACAACUGCUGCACCAACAACC